CGCACACCCACCCACCCACUGGAGUGGAGAGACUGAGGCUGCUGACAGCUGCAACUGGACUGGAGUUCUCUCCUUCGGGCUUCUCUUCCUUCCCCUGCCCCCUCCCCAUCCACUCCACCCCCUCUCCACCCUUGCACUCCCUCCACUCCGCCUUUAUUCCCUCUUGUCCCCAGUUCAUAUCGUUUCGCAACUGCUCGCCUCCUGCCCCGUGGCUGGCUGAGUUUUUUUCUCUCUCCACCCCCCGCCCCAAUUCCUGGCACCUCUUCUAUAAUACUUUCCCCCCCUCCUCCAAUUGGGGAGUGGGGGUGGGAGAGAGGGAGGGUGGAGCGUCCAGAGCCGGAGAAGAAAAAGAAGGAAGAGGGAGCAGAAGGAUUGUACGAUUGUGGAGAGGGCACCCCACGGCACCCUUUCUUUCCCAUUACACCCUUCCUACCUUCCCUCCCCCUCCCCCCAAAGUCCCGAUCCAGCCAGUUUCGGAGAAGAAAAGUGAAGGAAGACGGCUCGGGGGUGAUAGCGACACGGGGGCCAGUCCCAGACAAGCAGCAGCACCUCCCGUCCCGUCUCAUCCUCCUUCCUCCUCGACAGGAGCCAGCCCGGACCUAUGAUGGCUUCAACUACAACCUGCACCAGGUUCACCGACGAGUAUCAGCUUUUCGAGGAGCUUGGAAAGGGGGCAUUCUCAGUGGUGAGAAGAUGCAUGAAAAUCCCUACAGGACAAGAAUAUGCUGCCAAAAUUAUCAACACCAAAAAGCUUUCUGCUAGGGACCACCAGAAACUGGAAAGGGAGGCUAGAAUCUGCCGUCUUUUGAAGCACCCUAAUAUUGUGCGACUCCAUGACAGCAUAUCUGAAGAGGGGUUUCAUUACUUAGUCUUUGAUUUAGUCACAGGCGGUGAGCUCUUUGAGGACAUAGUGGCAAGAGAAUAUUACAGUGAAGCAGAUGCCAGUCAUUGUAUACAGCAGAUUCUAGAAAGCGUAAAUCAUUGUCACCUAAAUGGCAUAGUUCACAGGGACCUGAAGCCUGAGAACUUGCUUUUAGCUAGCAAAUCCAAAGGAGCAGCUGUGAAACUGGCGGACUUCGGGUUGGCCAUCGAAGUCCAAGGAGAUCAGCAGGCAUGGUUUGGCUUUGCUGGCACACCUGGAUAUCUUUCCCCAGAGGUGUUACGAAAAGAUCCCUAUGGAAAACCAGUGGAUAUGUGGGCAUGUGGUGUGAUUCUCUAUAUUCUCCUGGUGGGUUACCCUCCUUUCUGGGAUGAAGACCAGCACAGACUCUACCAGCAGAUCAAGGCUGGAGCGUAUGAUUUUCCAUCACCAGAGUGGGACACUGUGACUCCUGAAGCCAAAGACCUUAUCAAUAAAAUGCUUACUAUCAAUCCUGCCAAACGCAUCACCGCAUCUGAGGCACUGAAACAUCCAUGGAUCUGUCAACGUUCUACUGUUGCUUCUAUGAUGCACAGACAGGAAACUGUAGAUUGCUUGAAGAAAUUCAAUGCAAGAAGAAAGCUGAAGGGUGCCAUUCUCACAACCAUGCUGGCUACAAGAAAUUUUUCAGCAGCCAAGAGUUUGUUGAAGAAAGCAGAUGGAGUAAAGGAGUCCACUGAGAGUUCCAAUACAACCAUUGAGGACGAAGAUGUGAAAGCUCGUAAACAAGAGAUUAUCAAAGUUACUGAGCAACUUAUUGAAGCAAUCAACAAUGGGGACUUCGAAGCUUACACAAAAAUAUGUGACCCAGGUCUCACUGCUUUUGAACCUGAAGCUUUGGGUAAUUUAGUGGAAGGAAUGGACUUUCAUCGAUUCUACUUUGAAAAUGCUUUGUCCAAAGGCAAUAAGCCAAUCCACACCAUCAUCCUGAACCCUCACGUCCAUCUGGUAGGCGAUGACGCUGCCUGCAUAGCGUACAUCAGGCUCACACAGUACAUGGAUGGCAGCGGAAUGCCAAAGACUAUGCAGUCAGAAGAGACCCGAGUCUGGCACCGCCGUGAUGGAAAGUGGCAAAAUGUUCAUUUUCACCGCUCGGGUUCACCAACAGUACCCAUCAACUAAAAAUCAACAGUGCCACUUCUGCAUUCUCUGUUUUCAAGGCACCUGGAUGGUAACCACCCGGGCGGGCCUGUCCUCCUCUUCAUGCAUGUUUCCAAAUGCAUGAAGCUGUGAUGGUCCUACCUGUAACAAUGCAUUUGUGAUGCAUCAUUUUGUCAUGAUAUUCCAUCUCAAUGUUUUGUUUGCACUCUAUCAAAGGGGAUGUUUCGUGCAAAUUAAAACCAAUGUCAGCAAACAAGGGGA